GACAGUCAGAUUUUGUUGCUCAGUGUGUUAUUGUUGAACACAGGAUGGACUUCACAAUCCGGGCCGCCACGCUCGAGGACUGUAAGGAUAUCUCGCGGAUGAUUCUGGAACUGGCAGAGUAUGAGAAACUUUCAGACCAGAUCAAGAUUACACAAAGAGAUCUGGAGCAGGAUGGAUUCUCCAAAAACCCUUUUUUCCAUGGAAUUAUUGCUGAAGUGCCAGAGCAUCUUAAGUCCAGAGAUGGUCAUACCAAGGUUGGUUACUCACUGUACUUCUACUCGUACAGCUCAUGGAAAGGUCGGACGGUGUUCAUGGAGGAUCUGUACGUGAUACCAGAGUUCAGAGGGAAAAGCAUUGGCAAGGCUCUGAUGGCCAAAGUUUCCCAGCUUGGUCUGGCUGCUGGUUGCACUCAGCUGAAUUUCAAUGUGCUGAACUGGAACAAGUCAUCUCUUGACUUCUACCGAAAGCAGGGCUGCUGGGAUGUGACCUCCGACCUCGGCUAUCACUGCAUGUGCUGUGAGGGCGAUGCCCUUGAACACUUGGCACAGGGGGACCUUUAAAUUUUGAACCACAAUGAGUCACAGACCAGAGCCACAAGUAACAAGUUGUUUGAUAAUACAUUUUGCCCAUUUUAACUGACAGCUUACUCUCUUCCUGUGCUUAAGUAACCAUGUUCAUCUACUAUAUACAUUUUCAUUGAUUGGUACACAAAUUGAUUGGAGUCAAAGCCACUUAGAAGAUGAAGAUGUGUCUAUUUACAUUGUACAUGCACAGAUGUGAGCCACACACUUUUCUCAUCUAACAUUUGAUAACUGUCACCAGGCAUUUGUCAGUCAUAACAGAGAAUAAGCUCACCAAAACUGGAGAAAUGCACUACAAUUGUAAUUACCGGUAAGCUGAAUUC